GUCGUCGGAUGGCCCGGCACUGUGUGUGCUCGUAAGAUUGCGGUAGUUGGUCAGGAAACAACUCCAGAAAAUUAGAACGUCAUCGGGUGCAGUUCUGUGAACGUUUCCCGUCCGUUGCGAAGAGAGCAUUUUUCGCCUAAGGAUACAUGGAUUGAAUAAGUAUCGAGAUAAAAUCGAUUUGUAAAACGAUUAUAAGUGAUUCGAUGCAUAGGUUGGGAUUCAUAGCAAAAUAAAAAAAAAGAAACAGUGACAAGAAAAUCGAUUCCACGGAUCAGGAAAUUCGAAUAAAAAAUAUUACAACACAAUUGUGCGGUGACAGGAAAAUAUCCAGAUAUAGUGUGAAGUGGUGCAUAAAUUAGUGAAAAUGUUGUCAAGGUGGCCAGCAGCGUUUGCGAUAUUAUGCAUGACGAUGAGUACAACCUUCCAAGUUCAGGCCGCCUCGCCUAGAUGGGAACCCCAAAUAUCGGUGCUAUGCGAAGCUGGCCAGACCUAUCACCCGCAGUAUCUCUCAGAGGAGGGCAGAUGGGCGACAGAUUUGACCAUCAAAGUCCCCGGCUCGACGUGUUUACGGGACAAAAUGGAUCUGCUAGAUUACUGUAAAAAGGUGUACCCUGGUCGGGACAUAACAAACAUCGUUGAGUCGUCUCACUAUCAGAAGAUUGGUGGAUGGUGUCGGCAAGGUGUACUGAACGCAGCAAAAUGCAAAGGAGCCCAGCGAUGGAUAAAACCAUUCAGAUGUUUGGAAGGUCCUUUCCAGUCGGAUGCGCUACUAGUGCCAGAGGGUUGCCUGUUUGACCACAUCCACAAUGCGUCGCGAUGCUGGCCGUUCAUCAGGUGGAAUCAGACCGGUGCCGCCGCCUGCCAGGAGCGAAAUAUGCAAAUGCGUAGUUUCGCAAUGCUGCUACCAUGUGGAAUCUCUCUGUUCUCCGGUGUCGAAUUCGUUUGCUGCCCGAAACACUUCAAAGUGCCGAUGAAAGUGAAGAAAACAGACCUACCAGUGCUGCCACAAGAGACCGAAGUACUUCCGGCGUUGGAUGAUACCGAGCCCGAUAACUCUGAGGAUGAUGAUGAUGAGGACGAUUUCGAUGACGACGAGGACGAGGAUAUGCUGGGAGACGAACCGAUUGAGAGCGAUGACGAUGAGUACGAUUCCGAGGAAGAUUUCGACGCCGAUAAGGAACCGGACACUGGCUCUGCGGUAUGGGACAGCUUCAGCUCGCCACAGUCACUGCUGCCAAAAGAUAUGAAAGAUGACAUCUACACGACAACCGCUUCUAGCACAACGGAAAAACAGACCGAAAUUCCGACCACACCAAUCACCGCUAUCCCAACACCCGAUCCCUAUUUCACACACUUUGAUCCACGAUACGAGCACCAAAGUUUCAAGAAUUUGCACACUGAUUUCCAGGAGGCGCAACAACGGCUGGAGGAAAGCCACCGCGAGAAGGUCACCCGGGUGAUGAAGGACUGGUCGGAUUUGGAAGAGAAAUACCAGGAUAUGCGUCUUGCUGAUCCGAAAUCGGCGCAAACGUUCAAACAGCGUAUGACUGCCCGGUUCCAGACUUCUGUGCAGGCACUCGAAGAGGAAGGCAAUUCGGAGAAACAUCAACUGGCGGCAAUGCAUCAGCAACGUGUGCUCGCCCACAUCAAUCAACGCAAACGUGAAGCGAUGACCUGUUAUACCCAAGCACUAACAGAGCAACCACCAAAUGCUCAUCGUGUUGAGAAAUGUCUGCAAAAACUACUCCGUGCGCUGCACAAGGAUCGUGCCCAUGCUUUGUCACACUAUCGCCAUCUUCUGGGAUCCGGUGGAACUGGUGGCCUCGAAGCGGCGGCUUCUGAACGACCCCGAACAUUGGAACGACUCGUUGAUAUCGAUCGUGCAGUCAAUCAGUCAAUGGCUAUGCUGAAACGUUAUCCAGAACUUUCCGCCAAGCUGUCCCAACUGAUGGAUGAUUACAUUCAAGCUCUACGAUCGAAGGACGAAACUCCAGGGUCAAUGCUAGCGAUGACUGAAGAGGCCGAAGCGAUCAUUUUAGACAAAUAUCGCAUGGAGAUCGAACGGAAGGUGAGUGAAAAAGAACGUCAACGAUUGGCCGAAAAACAGCGAAAAGAACAACGAGCUCAAGAACGUGAGAAGAUUCGUGAGGAAAAACUACGCUUGGAGGCGAAGAAAAUGGAAGCUGCCUACAAACAACAGCAGCAUCUACAACAACCGACAUCAACACCAGCGCAACCAAAGCAACAGCAGCCCCAACAGCAACAACAACAGCCACAGCAGCAGCAACAACAGCAACAAUUACAGAAGCCGCAGCAGCAACAGCCACUACAAACCCAAACCCAACCACCAGUUACGGAACAGCCGCAAACUCAGAAGCAACUCGAGCUGGAGACUCAAAAAGACACAGAAGCUACUCGUGAUUACACAGAGGAAGUAACCAUAACACCGCAAUCAACAGCUUUGCCGACUGUGGAUGACGAGGCGGUGCAGCGUGCCGUUGAGGAAGUAGCUGCCGCAGUUGCUCACCAGGAAGCGGAACCCAAAAUGCAACACGUCCUUGCUCACGACAUUGGUCAUGGCGAGCCGAGCUACUCAGUUCGACGAGAGAUCUACGGUUCCAGUGGACACGAGGGCAAGAAUGUGUAUUUCACGCUGGCAUUCGCCGGGAUCGCUCUGAUGGCUGCCGUGUUUGUGGGCGUUGCCGUCGCCAAAUGGAAGGCCUCGCGAUCGCCUCAUGCUCAAGGAUUUGUCGAGGUCGAUCAGGCCGUUGGACAACCGAUCACUCCGGAGGAACGGCACGUUGCCAACAUGCAGAUCAAUGGAUACGAAAAUCCAACAUACAAAUACUUUGAAGUGAAAGAAUAAUUUACAACCGAUAAAAAUUUUCUUUGUUGAGGCCAGUAGAUCAGGGCUAACACAUAAUUUCAUGACACAGCGUUGAAUGAAAUCAUUCCAACGUUCGCAGAUUGAUUCAGCGUCGGCUGUGAGCGUUGUUUUCAUCUAUACAUGCAAAUUUGUUCGAGAGAAAAAAGUGUACUCCAUUUAUGUUUGGUUUUUACUUAUAGAGGCUGCAAUGAAAGUUAAACUAUAUUUAAGGAAAGCUAGAGCAAACAGAAACCUUGUGUUGAAGGGAAGGGCAAAGAAUAGGAAGAAGUUUUUUGAAUCAGUAUUUUAUGUUCGGCGAUUUGACCUUUUAUAAACAAAAAAAAACUUAAAAGCAAAAUACCGUUGAAUAGUGUGAUUGUAAUUGUAAAUUAUGAGUAUUUAUAGGAACACGCUAAGGAAGAAGAUAAGAAGUCAGAAUAAGUAUGUUCAUCAAUGAAAGCCGCCGUUACCAAAAAAAUAUUAUCGCAUCACCAAUUGUCUGGGAGAACUCUUCUACUAAACACUCACUGUACGCAUAUAGUGGUGCCAGGCUCCAUUUUUUUUUUUUUUCGUUCAGGCACACCCCCAUAGUAUGCAGACGAGGAUUAACAGGGACACUUGACUCUGCGACUCAAUACGCUACGCAGAGGUCCCUAUGUAUCCCCCAACUCAUAAUUAGAUAGCUAAGUAGCUAAUUAGUUAUUAUUAUGAAGAAAAAAAACAUGACAAAAAAAAAUAAAAACAAUAAUUGUAAGUAAAAUAGCUUUUUUGAUCAGUAACACCGGAAAGGGUAAUAGAAAACACUAUCAAAAAUAUAUAUUUUUUGUAACAAGCCUGCUAUACGCUUUGAAAUUUCAUAUUUAUAUAAUCUUAACAAUAACAAAAAAGUAAACUAUAUAUUUACAAAAACAAUAAGACACUCACUAUCACAUGCUUCAAAGGAAACAAUAAUUUGAAACCUUCUUUCAGUUUGUUUCACUCCAGCAGUUGACAAGUAUCAUAACAAUGCAACAAGAACAAAACACACUCAUACCACUAUAGAUGUCGUCCUCGUUGUGUAGACACAAGGUGUGUAUAACUCAAGCAUCGUAGCUCAUGAGAUGUGUGUGUACCAAUUAAAGAGCUUCUUCCGAAAACAUGUAGCGAACAGUAGAAUCUUUUUGAACAAACGAGUUAUGAACCGAAAACAAAGCAAGAGAAAAAAAACAUCAAUCAUGCAAACAUCGCAAAAUUGUGCAUCCUGAUAAUUCAAAUUCGUCCAUUUUUGUAGACUUCUGCGAGCGCGUAAUUAAAUGUAAGAGAAAAUAUCGAGAGAAAAAAGUCAUGUCGUCCCCGUUUUCAGCUAAAAACUAAAAACUCGUUCGAUCAGUGUUACCAGAAUUGCUUAUAUGAAUUCAACGCUUGGCGCUCUAUUUAUUGUUUCAGGUGAUCUGUUUUCAAAUGAAAGUGGCCCACGCAAUAGUCAACAUUUAAACAAAAAAAAACACACACACACUACUUUUAAGUCCGAAAAAGUCACUACACUUUACUUGCUGAUUGGGAAAGACAUAUAAUCUAUGUAAAAAUGAAUUUGAUAUUACUAGAAUACUAAAGUAACAAUAAUGACUAAAAGUAUUUAAAGAGGCAGAAUAAUAAUAGAUUAUAUAUCAUGUAAAAGUAUGUAACAAGUAUAUUUAUACAAUACGUAUAAAUGUAAUGAUGUAAACAUUUACAGCAUAGUUUUUAUUAGGAGACAAAAACAAAGCAACAAUGUAACACUUAGUUGUAAUAAACAAUUUUACAUGAUUCUUUUCCUUGACAUUUAUGUUAUUUCAUGUGUUGGGAAAAUACUCUACUUACCGAUAAAACAAAAUCUAGUCUCAACUAUAACGUUGAAUAAAAGUUAUAAUGAAUAAAUAAGCGUGCAGGACGAUUAUGCUAACACUCUUGAAAGUUAAAGCCGAACAAAUAAAAAAACAGCAUAUUUAUCACGAAAUGCGCUUAGUUGGACACAAUUACUAUCCACUAUUAUUCAAGUAAAGACAACAAUUAUAUCAGCAAAGCACACGCUAAAUCAAAAUGUAACCGCUCGUUUUUUCAUCAGUUUGUUUUUCGAAACAAAAUAUUACUCAAACUAUUAUAUAUGAAACUUUUUUGAACACUAAACACUAAAUAAUACAAAGGAAAACAAAUGCAGAAAAGUAAACCAGCUACUUAGCUUUCAAAACAAAAAAGGAGAAAAAAACGAAAACAAACAUGCAACAAACAUUGGGAAAUAUGUAAGACUUUUGUGUGCGACAUUUAGAUGAAGAGAAGAAGAAAACAAUUUGUAUUAACAGUGAUGAACCAGAGAAAAAAAAACAAUUAAUUGUUACUCCUGUGUGUAAUGAUUAAUUAGUAGAUGAAUACGUCCCUUUUCAUUGAGAGAAAACAAAAAAGCAGUAGAAUAGAAAGGGUCAUACAUAUAAAACCGAAAAUUACAGUUAUCAGGAAAUUUACUAGUUAAACUUUUGUUGCUUGAUUUGUUUUUCUUCAUGAAGCUCGUCAAAAACCAGCACAAUAAUUUAUACCUUUUUGGUUACGAGGCAAACAAAAAUCACACACUGAUUGAGAGAUUUAAUUCGACCAUUUUUGAAACUCGAGUAAGGAAUGCUUCUGAGAGAAAAAAAUCGUGCUAACGCUUCAUUGAAUAACAGUCCCAAGGGGCAAACGCUGAUACCAGUCAUUUCCUACGUAAAAGAAUACGAGUACUGCGAUACCAAGAAACAGUAAUGGCGAGUAUUAACCGAAUCAAAACAGUGAACGUUUCUAUCCAAACCAAAAACAAACAAGACAUUCCCAAAUAUCUGUUUGCAGAAUGAGAGAUAGUGCCGUGGCGAAGAAGCAAAUUGAUUGAGUCGAAAAUGCUCUGUAAGCAAGCAAAACUAAUAAUUUGAAGGAGGAUAAUAAAAAUAUGAGAUAACAAUA